UCUAUAUAUUGUUGAUGUGAUAUUACAUACAUAGAAUAUAUAUAUUUUAAAUUUAGGAAUCUAGAAAAAUAGAUGAACUAUCAACUAGAUCUAGAGCUCUAUGACUAUCAUUUAUCAUCUAGACUGACUCUAGAAUAUAUUAGAUCUGUCUAGAUUCUAAAUCCCACAGUAGAUAGAUAUAAAAUAAUAAGAUAGUUACUAAUCGAGUAUCAUAGACUGAUAGAUCAUAGAGUCAAGCUAGAAGAUAGUUAAGAUAGAUUCAUACUAUUCUAUCUUCUAUUUCUAUAUAUAAUAUAUAUAAUUAUUAUAUAUAGUAUACUAUUAUUUUUACUAUAUCAUAGUCAUAGAUCAUAAUAGAUGUAUGAUUACUGUAUAUGUAGUCAGAGUAGUAGUCUACAACUCAGACAACUGUAACACUACUAGAUUUAACUAGAUCUAGAGUAAUCUAGACACUACACUACGGCCGGCGUAGACUACGGUCUACUACACUGUGACUAGUGACACAGUGUGACUGUGUACAGUCAUAAAAAAAAAGUGGCAUAUACUUAUACUACUUAUAGAUCUAUAAUCUAUAAUAAUCUAUAUAUAUAUAGACUAGUCAUUGAUAUUUAUCUAGACUAGGACUAGAUCUAGUUGAUAAUUACAUUUAGAAUAAUUUAGAUCUACUAUCUAGAAUCUAGUAAUACUAGAAUCUAGACUAGAUAUCUAGGGACUAUGGAUUUUAUUAAAACUACUCAAAUAACUGGGAUAUGGUCAUAUUUAGAAACAGUGGACUGGACAGAGCCUUGGUUGGCUGUAUUGAUAGGUUUUCAUGUCUUUACAUUUCUAGUCACCUUUAGCACAAGGAAUUUCCCAAUGCUUCAAGCUGGACAUUUUUUUAUACUGCUGCUACUGGUCUACUUUGCUGAGUCUCUCAAUAAGUUAGCAGCUAACAACUGGCAAUUAUUUUCCAAGCAGCAAUAUUUUGACAGCAGAGGAAUGUUUAUAUCUCUGGUAUGGUCAGUACCAUUGUUGGUGAAUACCUUGGUCAUUGUGAUGCUGUGGCUUCUGACCUCCUCACAACUGAUGCUUACAUCUGGGAGACUUAAACUUCAGACUGAGAGAAAAGCUCUUGAACAAAGAAACAAAAAGAAAGAUUAAAUACAUGUAUAGAGGACUCCAUACAUGUCUAGAGGAUUCAAUACAUUCAUUUAGAAGGACUAUAUCCAUGUAGAAUGAAAUAGUUGUAAUAGAGAAGUUACAUAUAUUGAGGUCCAAGUCAUUCAUUGUCAUUUAGAAUGUCCAGUAAUGCUAUCUAGAUUUGUAUAUGGCAUCAGUUAUGGCAAUACUGACAUUGGGUUUGUACUUCCUUUCAACUAAAAUUGUUUAGAAUAUCACCAAGAGAAAAAACUUGGAAUAAAAGCAUCUUAUAUAUAAAACAAGAGAGCCACUCACACUCCUGCAUCACUGGGCUGGAAUAGGCAGAGUAUGGAACAGAAGUAUUGGAUAAUACACACACACACACUUACAGGGGGAUUAAUUAAAGAAUGACAUUAAACCAUUAUGUGGUAUUGAAAUACACACACACAAUUGAUGCCUGGCUGGACACAAGUUUUUAUUUCAUGCUUUAGAAGUGCUCAAUGUGACCACCACAGACAUCAAACCGCUAUGAAAAUUCCAAACACGCUUGGUAUGUUGAUUGCAGUUGUUAUUCAACCUUUCAUGUCAUUGAUAUUUACUGGCAACAUUGGAACAAAAACUUUGUCAUUAACAUACCCCCCCCCCUUUCUCAGGAAAAAUUUGCUGCCCUGUGGCUAUUAUUUUCACAAAUUCAAGCAUGCAAAGCACCUUCUGCUGGGUAAAUAAACAAGUGAUUUUCCUACAAAAAUUUAUCGAAAUUAACAAGUUGAACUUUACACCCAGUUAAACAAGUACGUCUCCUGUAUCGAGUGACCAAUAAUUCAAUCUGUUAUAAUCUGUUUCAAGAUUAAUAAAUGCAUUAUAAUUUAUGAGCAUUCUUUUUUAAUCACCCAGCAUAGCACUUUAAAUAGAAUACUCCAUUGAGCACGCCUCCCUUACACCUGACUUUGGGUUAUUUCAUUAGUUCUAGAUCUACACUUCACUUCCUACACUAUUAGCUGAAACUUUGAUUCUUGUUAGAAAAAUGUUUAGAACUGAAACCAAAACUUAUUCAGAAAGAAAUCACUUCACUCUUUAGUAUUCAAUUCACUUCACUCUUUAGUAUUCAAUUCACUUCACUCUUUAGUAUUCAAUUCACUUCACUCUUUAGUAUUCAAUUCAAUUCACUCUUUAGUAUUCAAUUCACUUCACUCUUUAGUAUUCAAUUCACUCUUUAGUAUUCAAUUCACUUCACUCUUUAGUAUUCAAUUCACUUCACUCUUUAGUAUUCAAUUCUCUCUUUAGUAUUCAAUUCACUUCACUCUUUAGUAUUCAAUUCACUCUUUAGUAUUCAAUUCACUUCACUCUUUAGUAUUCAAUUCACUUCACUCUUUAGUAUUCACUUCACUCUUUAGUAUUCAAUUCACUUCACUCUUUAGUAUUCAGUUCACUUCACUCUUUAGUAUUCAAUUCACUUCACUCUUUAGUAUUCACUUCACUCUUUAGUAUUCACUUCACUCUUUAGUAUUCAAUUCAAUUCACUCUUUAGUAUUCAAUUCACUCUCUAGUAUUCAAUUCACUUCACUCUUUAGUAUUCAAUUCACUCUUUAGUAUUCAUUCACUUCACUCUUUAGUAUUCAUUCACUUCACUCAUUAGUAUUCAAUUCACUUCACUCUUUAGUAUUCACUUCACUCUUUAGUAUUCAAUUCACUUCACUCUUUAGUAUUCACUUCACUCUUUAGUAUUCAAUUCACUCUUUAGUAUUCAAUUCACUUCACUCUUUAGUAUUCAAUUCACUCUUUAGUAUUCAUUCACUUCACUCUUUAGUAUUCAUUCACUUCACUCAUUAGUAUUCAAUUCACUUCACUCUUUAGUAUUCACUUCACUCUUUAGUAUUCAAUUCACUUCACUCUUUAGUAUUCAAUUCACUCUUUAGUAUUCAAUUUACUUCACUCUUCAGUAUUCAAUCACUUCACUCUUUAGUAUUCAAUUCAUUUUUUUUUUAAAUGUAUGUAUCAAGAAGUUCUAUUAUUUUUAUUUUGUAUCCAUGUAGAUGUUAUUUAUAGAUCUUGCUUUAUAUAUUUGUGUUUAUUUUUGUUUUUAUAUGGUGGCUAGCCAAGCUAUUUAGAAUGUCAGGCUUAUAACACUAAUGUUGUGGGUUCAUCUCCAUAUUGGCCUUUUUUUUUCUUUAAUUUUUACAAUUCCUUGGGCCAAAAAACUGAAUGGAAACAGAACAAAAACGGCUCUAAAAGAUUUUCGUAGAAAUGUGAAAAUUGAUGUUUAUCUUUAAGAAAAGAAUAACUAGCUAAUUCGCCAUACUGAGAAAACUCUAGUUUAACUUCAUAAUUUUUCAAAGUUUAACAAAAUAAUUUAAAUUUGGCUUGACACUCUUUAUUUUGAGCAGCAUGUAUUUAGGCUUGUGGGGCCUAUUCAUUAAAUAGUGAAAUAAAUAAAUAGAUGCUCAGGACAUUUUAUGCA